AUGCUGAAUUCGGGAAGAUCCCAUUGCGAACUGGGGACUCACUCUCAUGGCUUCAAGGCGACUCACUCUCAUGGCUUCAAGGCGACUCACUCUCAUGGAUUCAAGGCGACUCACUCUCAUGGCUUCAAGGCGACUCACUCUCAUGGCUUCAAGGCGACUCACUCUCAUGGCUUCAAGGCGACUCACUCUCAUGGCUUCAAGGCGACUCACUCUCAUGGCUUCAAGGCGACUCACUCUCAUGGCUUCAAGGCGACUCACUCUCAUGGCUUCAAGUCGACUCACUCUCAUGGCUUCAAGGCGACUCACUCUCAUGGCUUCAAGGCGACUCACUCUCAUGGAUUCAAGGCGACACACUCUCAUGGCUUCAAGGCGACUCACUCUCAUGGCUUCAAGGCGACUCACUCUCAUGGCUUCAAGGCGACUCACUCUCAUGGCUUCAAGGCGACUCACUCUCAUGGCUUCCAGGCGACUCACUCUCAUGGCUUCCAGGCGACUCACUCUCAUGGCUUCAAGGCGACUCACUCUCAUGGCUUCAAGGCGACUCACUCUCAUGGCUUCAAGGCGACUCACUCUCAUGGCUUCAAGGCGACUCACUCUCAUGGCUUCAAGGCGACUCACUCUCAUGGCUUCAAGGCGACUCACUCUCAUGGCUUCAAGGCGACUCACUCUCAUGGCUUCAAGUGGACUCACUCUCAUGGCUUCAAGGGGACUCACUCUCAUGGCUUCAAGGUGACUCACUCUCAUGGCUUCAAGGCGACUCACUCUCAUGGCUUCAAGGCGACUCACUCUCAUGGCUUCAAGGCGACUCACUCCCAUGGCUUCAAGGCGACUCACUCUCAUGGCUUCAAGGCGACUCACUCUCAUGGCUUCAAGGCGACUCACUCUCAUGGCUUCAAUGCGACUCACUCUCAUGGCUUCAAGGCGACUCACUCUCAUGGCUUCAAGGCGACUCACUCUCAUGGCUUCAAUGCGACUCACUCUCAUGGCUUCUAG